AUGCAAGAUGCCAAUUAUGGCGGCAUGCCACCCGACACGCAAGCCUACGGCGGAGAGGGCGAUCUGGCAGAGGCUCAUCACGCACUCUUCAGGAUCGGACCAGAAGUCAAUGCUGUCCAUCUAGCCUACACGCUCAUCGCAGUCUUCAUCGUCGUCUUUGGCACAUUCUCUGCUUUUAUCAAGGAGAGACUCUUCAUCGGUGAAGCCAUCAUCUCCACCGCAUUCGGCAUUGCGUUCUCCCAGCACGCUGCCAAGCUCUUUGAGCCCAACGAGUGGGGCGCAGGCAACAAACGAUUUGACGAUCUCAUCCUCGAAGUCACCCGAGUCGUCAUUGCUCUUUCUGUCUUUGCAGUCGGCGUCGAGCUGCCAAAGUCAUACGUGCUACGACACUGGCGUUCAUUGGCAUUCCUGCUGGGUCCAGUCAUGUUGUUCGGCUGGCUCAUCUCUGGUGGACUCGUCACAGCUCUCAUACCCGGCUUUGGCUUCCUGCAUUCUCUCGUCAUCGCCGCCUGCGUCACGCCGACUGAUCCCAUUCUUGCUGCCUCUGUCGUCGGCAAAGGCAAAUUCGCCCAAGAACACGUUCCUUCACACAUUCGCCACGUACUGCAGGCCGAGUCGGGUUGCAACGAUGGCGCUGCUUUCCCCUUUCUCUAUCUCGCCAUGUUCCUGCUACUGCGCGAGGAGUCCUCUGUCGGUCAUUCGAUUGGCGAGUGGAUACUCACCGUCGUGCUCUAUCAGAUCGUCUUGGGCGUCGUCAUGGGCGCCGCCAUCGGCAUCAUCGCCCGCAAGCUCAUGAAAUUCUCAAAGCGACGCAAUCUCAUCGACAGAGAAUCCAUGGUCGCCAUGUAUGUCGCCCUCGCUCUCCUCUCGACAGGUGUCACCGUGCUGGCAGGCUCAGACGAUCUUCUCUCUGCUUUCGCAUGUGGUACCGCUUUCGCAUGGGACGAUUGGUUCUCCGAGUCAAUUGAAGACUCCAAUUUCUCAAACAUCAUCGAUCUGCUCGUCAAUUGCGCCACCUUCAUCUUCAUUGGCGCUACGGUACCAUUUCAAGCCUACAGCGAUCCCAACCUCAAUCUCAAUCCCUGGCGGUUGUCCGUCUUGUCGAUCUUGAUCCUGCUACUGCGACGCAUUCCAGCCGUCAUGUGCCUUUCACCCUGGAUCCCAGAUAUGAAGACAAGACGAGAGUCUCUCUUCUGUGCGCAUUUCGGUCCCAUGGGUGUAGGCGCAAUCUUCAUCUCGACGCUCGCCGUCAGUCGAUUGCCAACGCCGGGUCAGCCCCCGUACAACGAGAUGGAUAGGCUGGCACUCUCUAUUCAACCGAUUACCUAUUUCCUCGUCAUGUCGUCUAUCAUCGUUCACGGUCUAACGAUUCCCUUCUUCAACCUGGGCAAGCGCGUGCAUUCGAUCUCACGGACAUGGACAGGUGCCUCGGCAUCUGGCGAGCCAAGCUGGCUCAGUCGCAUGCGUCGGGUGGGCGACGGCAAGGACAUUCCCUCGCCUUCGCCUUCUGACGAAAAGCACGAUCGUGAUCUCGACAAGGCCGAAGAAGGCAAAGCGGAAGCGGAAGACUUUGGCGUGGAUAUGGGCGAUGUAGAUAUGAAGGACUUUGCAGCGACGGAUGAUACGCCAGACUUCCCUCAUAGCAAUACCACGGGAUCGGACGAUACUAACGUCGGCAGCAGCGCCGGUCCAAGUAAGGACGACGGCAAGAGGGCAGCCAAUGAUCCAGAGGAAGAGGUUAAGAAGGAGAAAUGCUACCAUGACAAAGGGGGCGAGCAGCGGUGGGAGGAAGGGCACUAUAUCGUCAUCGAACGUGCUGGAGGCGAGGAUGUCAUUGUCAUCGACAAGGACAAGCUCGAGAGCGAUCCAGACAAAUACAAGGAAGACGACGCCAGGCUACAGAAGCUACCGAGCCAUACGGUCCGAGAAGAAGAGCACAAGCUGCGCAAGAUCAUCUCUCACGAAGGUGAACGGCUCGAAGCAGCUGCUCAAAAUGCUGCGCGUAAAUAUUUAGGUAUCGGCGCCGGCAAGCGAAGACGGUCGAGCGCUGCCAGCACAAAACCACCCAUGUCAACUCUUGACCAAACGACCUCGACGACCUCACAGACCAUUCCUGAAGUCGUCCAGGGAUCUUCCAGCGAUCACGAGCCUGCACCCACAGUGGCGUCAAGUCCUCAGCAAUCUGAAGCACCCAAGUCAGGCUCGCCCAAUCGUGAGGAAGGCACUGCAAGGCCUUGGCUUGCGCGCGGUCUCAGUAUGGCCCGAGAUACGAAGCCCAAGGAGAGCAAGGAUCCGGCUGAGAUCCAAGCCAAACUUGACCGUGAUGCCGCAUGUCGGAAAGAGCGCAAGGACUGCACAGGCGCAGAGCGGUCUUGGGUGCAAGGUCGUCAUUUGGUCAUCGAGCGUAAUAAAGGCGAAGAUGUCGAGGUGGUCGAUCUAGAUGCGCCAGGCGUACGCCGCGGACGCGCUUUCGGCAGCGCUGCGGUUGCAAGAUCGGGCAGUCAGCCCGCUAGCAAUCGCGAGCUCACAGCCGAGGAUCAGCUGGCGGCCGAUGUCAUCGAGCGUCGACGUACCGAGCGUGAAGAAUCAGCGGAACGCGAAGACGCUGCCACAUCGAUGAUGCCGAAUAUUUUACGGCCCACUCUAGCUACUGCUCAAUCUUUGCGGCAGAUGAUACAGCGUCGUCGGUCAAAUACGACGAGUGGCAUGAGCGAGCGUGGUCGUCCUCAGGCGCUCGAGACCGUCUCCCAAUCAAGGCCUCCCUCACCUUCUCGGGGCACAAUACGGUUUGCAGAGAAUGUCAAAGCGCCAACACGACCUCCAUCACCUUCUGCUGCUCCACGAGGGCAGCAAAAGUAUUUUCCCCGUCACUGA